CCGGGCGGGCAGCAGGUGGUGUCGGUGCUCGGCGCGGUGCCUGCGGGUGCGGCUGGAGGUGUUGGUGAGCAGCCGCCGGCCGUGUGGAGCGGUCAAGUUCCCGGCCUAACUCUGGGGCUGUGUCGCUUGCAUCAUCGAAGUUCAUCACGGCCAUCGUGCGGGGCCAGGGGCUGGGGUCCCCAUUUUGCCCGGGGAGCUCCUGAGGGCUGCUACACGUGCACGGGCAAGGUCACGGCGCAGAUUUCUGGUUGGCUGAAGUGAUUUACAAAGGAGGGAACAUGGCUUCCGAGUCAGAAAUCCUGAAUCCCAGUGCCCGGAUCAUGACCUUUUAUCCAACUAUGGAAGAGUUCCGGAACUUCAGUCGCUACAUCGCUUAUAUUGAAUCGCAAGGUGCUCACCGGGCUGGGCUAGCCAAGGUCGUUCCUCCAAAGGAGUGGAAGCCGCGCACCUCAUAUGAUGACAUAGAUGAUCUGGUCAUCCCUGCCCCCAUCCAGCAGCUGGUGACAGGGCAGUCUGGUCUCUUCACUCAGUACAACAUCCAGAAGAAAGCCAUGACGGUCCGCGAGUUCCGCAAGAUUGCCAACAGCGACAAGUACUGUACCCCACGCUACAGUGAAUUUGAAGAGCUUGAGCGGAAAUACUGGAAGAAUCUCACAUUCAAUCCUCCCAUUUAUGGUGCAGAUGUGAACGGUACUCUCUACGAAAAGCAUGUUGAUGAGUGGAAUAUUGGCCGGCUGAAAACGAUCCUGGACUUGGUGGAAAAGGAGAGCGGGAUCACUAUUGAGGGGGUGAAUACCCCAUACCUGUACUUCGGCAUGUGGAAGACGUCCUUUGCAUGGCACACCGAAGACAUGGACUUGUACAGCAUCAACUACCUGCACUUUGGAGAACCCAAGUCCUGGUACUCUGUCCCACCUGAACAUGGAAAGCGACUGGAACGCCUUGCCAAAGGUUUUUUUCCUGGAAGUGCUCAAAGCUGUGAGGCUUUUCUCCGCCAUAAGAUGACUCUGAUCUCCCCUCUAAUGCUGAAGAAGUACGGCAUUCCUUUUGACAAGGUAACUCAAGAAGCUGGAGAGUUUAUGAUCACCUUCCCUUAUGGCUACCACGCUGGCUUUAACCAUGGCUUCAACUGUGCCGAGUCCACCAAUUUUGCGACCCGUCGGUGGAUUGAGUAUGGCAAGCAAGCUGUGCUGUGCUCCUGCCGAAAGGAUAUGGUGAAGAUCUCCAUGGACGUGUUUGUGAGGAAGUUCCAGCCAGAAAGGUAUAAACUCUGGAAGGCUGGGAAGGACAGCACCGUCAUUGACCACACUCUGCCCACGCCGGAGGCAGCUGAGUUUCUCAAGGAGAGUGACAUGCCCCCACAAGCUGGGCAGCAGGAGUGUCUGCAGGAGGACAUGGACACACUGGAGGACGGAGAGGAAGGAGACCUGAAGAGGAGCCUGGCCAAGCACCGUAUAGGGACCAAGCGGCAUCGAGUUUGUCUUGAAAUACCCGAGGAGGUGAGUCAGAGCGAGCUCUUCCCCAAGGAGGAGCUGAGCUCCGGCCAGUACGAGAUGACGGAGUGCCAGGCUGCCCUCGCCCCCGUGAGGCCCACCCACAGCUCUGUGCGGCAGGUGGAGGAUGGGCUGACCUUCCCAGAUUACUCGGACUCCACUGAUGUCAAAUUUGAAGAGCUCAAAAACGUGAAGCUGGAGGAGGAAGAUGAGGAGGAGGAACAAGAAGCAGCAGCCUUGGACCUGUCGGUGAAUCAUCCUGCUUCCUUAGGGGCCCGCCUGGUCUUCUCAGGUUCCAUGAAGAAGCCGUCUUCUAGCCUGGGCUCCGGCUCUUCGCAGGACUCCGUUUCUUCCGAUUCCGAGACCAGUGAGCUGCUCUCCUGCCAAUCGCAAGGGCAGACAGGUGUUCUCACUGUGCACAGCUAUACCAAGGGAGAAGGCAACAUCACUGUGGGAGAGCCAUGUGCGAGGAAGAAAGGUGGCACCACUCGGACAUUCAGCGAGCGGGCGUUGGCAGAGGUUGCAGAUGAAUAUAUGUUCUCCCUGGAGGAGAGUAAGAAGCCCAAGGGUCGCCGCCAGCCGUUGAGCAAGCUGCCCCGCCACCACCCGCUUGUGUUGCAGGAGUGUGUCAGUGACGAUGAGCCCUCUGAACAGCUGACCCCUGAGGAAGAGGCUGAGGAGACAGAGGCCUGGGCCAAGCCCCUGAGCCAGCUGUGGCAAAACCGGCCUCCCAACUUCGAGGCUGAAAAGGAGUUCAAUGAGACCAUGGCCCUGCAGGCCCCUCACUGCGCUGUGUGCAUGAUCUUCCAGACUUACCACCAGGUGGAGUUUGGAGGCCUUACUCAGAACUGUGUGAGUACACCUGAUACAGCCCUGCAGAAGCAGAGGACCAAGCCAUUGAUUCCAGAAAUGUGCUUCACCUCCACGGGAUGCAGCACGGACAUCAACCUUUCCACCCCUUACCUGGAGAAGGACGGCACCAGUCUCCUGGUUUCCUGCAAGAAGUGCAGUGUCCGGGUCCAUGCCAGUUGCUAUGGGGUGCCCCCUGCGAAAGCCUCUCAAGAAUGGAUGUGUUCCCGGUGUUCAGCCAAUGCCCUGGAGGAGAACUGCUGUUUAUGUUCCCUUCGUGGAGGUGCCCUGCAGAGAGCCAACGAUGACAGGUGGGUCCACGUCUCAUGUGCUGUGGCAAUUCUGGAAGCGAGGUUUGUCAACAUUUCAGAAAGAAGUCCUGUGGAUGUGAGCAAAAUCCCUCUGUCACGCUUCAAACUGAAAUGUGUCUUCUGUAAGAAGCGGAGGAAAAGAGCUGCUGGCUGCUGUGUGCAGUGUUCGCAUGGUCGUUGCCCGACUGCCUUCCAUGUAAGCUGUGCCCAGGCUGCGGGUGUCAUGAUGCAGCCUGACGACUGGCCUUUCGUUGUCUUCAUUACCUGUUUUCGGCACAAGAUUCCAAAUUUGGAGCGUGCCAAGGGGGCCUUGCAGAGCAUCACUGCAGGACAGAAGGUCAUCAGCAAGCAUAAGAACGGGCGCUUCUACCAGUGUGAGGUGGUCAGGCUCACCACCGAGACUUUCUAUGAAGUCAACUUUGAUGAUGGCUCCUUCAGCGACAACCUUUAUCCUGAGGACAUAGUGAGCCAGGACUGUCUCCAGUUGGGUCCUCCUGCUGAGGGGGAAGUGGUCCAAGUGAGAUGGACAGAUGGCCAAGUCUACGGAGCUAAGUUUGUGACCUCCCACCCCAUCCAGAUGUAUCAGGUGGAGUUUGAAGAUGGCUCCCAGCUUGUGGUCAAGAGAGAUGACGUGUACACGCUGGAUGAAGAGCUUCCCAAGAGAGUCAAGUCUAGACUGUCUGUGGCCUCCGAUAUGCGAUUCAACGAGAUUUUCACAGAGAAAGAGGUAAAGCAAGAGAAGAAGCGGCAACGGGUUAUCAACUCCAGGUACCGGGAAGAUUAUAUUGAGCCUGCGCUAUACCGAGCCAUCAUGGAGUAGAUGCUCCUAAGGGUCCAGAGAUUCCCAGCCAUGGAGGCAAGAGCACUCAGGGGCCAAUGCACAGCAGAUACUUGGGACUCGGAAGGCUCUGCGAGUGAAGUUGUAAAAAGAAACAGGAAUGGACUAGUUGAUUGAUCCCAGCAUCAUGUCCCCCCCGCUCUCCUGGAAUUCCACAGUAGUGAAAAGAAUAAGUCGUCCCUGGACACAAGUGGCAGCAGCCUGUGGUCUCCCACCCGAGGAGCUGAGCACUGGAACACUGUGGCUGCACUGAUCCGAGCCCACAGAACGGGCUGUCCAUGCAGACUGGGCUGGUGGCCCUACUCUCAGCCUGGGACUUAGCUUCGUUCCCACUGAGCACCUGCUCCAACCAGGCAGAGGUGCUGGUACUUGUCCCCAACCCCUUUUGUAUUUAUGUGUGUGCGUGACAUGCACACAGCGUGUGUCUGUGUGUUUGGUCUGGACCAGCUUGUGCCAGCCCCCUGGCCUUUACUUUUCUUCCUUGCCUAUGCAGGGCAAACAAAAUGUGAACUUUGGCCCUCAACUGAGCUGAGGGAGGGCCUCUGGGAUUGGCUGGAGGUGGAUGUGGUGUCUCUCCAGGCUGGCUCAGCUGCAUUAGUGAUGCGCAGAAGUCACCCUGCCUCUCUUCCCUUGAGGGGAAUCCCAGAGCUGUUGGGGUGUGUCCUCGCUAUCCUAGGCAGAGCCCCUGUGGCACAGUGUUAGAGGGUCUGUGUGCAGGAUACUCUGAGGGGGGAUAUUAAUGAUGGAAGCAGGCAGAGCCUGGUGGGUGAUUCAACAGAAUUGCAAUCAUGUAGGGAUUAGGAGGGUUAGGAUGAAUCGGGGUCACUGGAGGCCAGGGACAGAUGUAGAUGUGACCUUGGCUUGGGGAUGGGAGGGAGCUGAAUUGGGGGUGUGGGGUGGGAGUAGAGCGCAACACCGAAGGGAUUGAACCAGGUUUUUGCUCCUCAUACAUUUGUUUGCCUGUGCCCAGGACUGGAGGGCUUCACACUGAUACCUGAUGUAUACAAGAAUCAAAUUUAUAAUACGUUCCCCUUUUUUGUUACGUAUGAACGCUAUAAACCAAAUUAUUUUGAAAACCUUAGCAAUAAAAUGUGUUGAGUAGA